AUGGAGGAGCGGUCUCCCAACACCAUCACCCGUUGGACCUCUACUUCUCAACUCUCCCUUCCUGCCACCACCAAACCUCCUAGUCCAUCCAACCCUCCCAAACCAAAAGUAUGGAUCAUCUUUGGUGCCACCGGGCAUAUGGGUCGAUCCAUGACCAAAGCAGCUUUACAGCACAAUGACCAUGUCACAGCCGUCGGUCAAUGCCUCGUGGACACUCAAGCCUCAGUGCAAAAUUGGCACCCUGACCCCUCUCGGUAUCUUGGACUGCUCUGCGACGUGCGCAUUCGCUCCACCGUCGCGGCAGUCAUUGAAAAGACCAUUGCUCAUUUUGGUCGCGUCGACAUCAUCGCGAAUUCUACUGGCUACGGCGUCAUUGGUGCCUGCGAAGACCAAGACGAGGCUGAAAUUCGAAAUCAAUUCGAGACCAAUUUCAUGGGCACCCUGAAUAUCAUCCAGCUCUCUCUACCCUACUUUCGCCGACGCCAAUACGGCCGCUAUCUCAUUCUCAGCUCUACCUCGGGCAGUCUGGGCGUGCCAGGCCAGGGACUCUACUGCGCCAGUAAAUAUGCCGUCGAGGGGUUGAUUGAAAGUAUGCUCUACGAAGUCGACGGCUUCAACAUUCGCCCUACCCUUGUGGAACCAGGCCAUCUUCGCCGCGACGACACUCCAAUCCAACCACUAACAGCCGGCAACUCCACUGCCAUCACCAACAACAACCAUACAUCCACUCAGGCCAAAACCAACAACAGCACGAGCAAGGCGUCAGCACUACCCAUCUUCGGACAUUUCAAAGUCGCAAAACCAUCCGAGCCGUACACGACCAAAGACUCACCAGCAGCGCACGCCAAACGCACUCUACAAUGGAUGGGCGAGAACCAACCAGUCAGCAGCGUCAAAGCAGCCGAGCUGGUCUGGCAAUUAGGCCACUGCAGCUACCCGCCCCUGAGACUACUGCUGGGCAACUACGCUGUCGAGAGCAUCCGUGACCGUCUGAAGACCAUCACCGAAGAGAUUGAAGAUUGGAAACAUCUUGCCUUCCCGCCCCUUGAGGGUUUUGAGGAGAAAGACGGCGAUGAGGACGAUGAAGAUGAUGAUCAAGACGAUGAUGCUGGCGCUCCAGAAGAUGAUGUUGAUGACGAUGACGCUGACGAUAAGAUGGACGAUAGUUUUCCUGACUUGAAGAAAACGACCUCCAUUACACCUUCUGUGAAGCAGGAGCCUAGAGACGUGGACAUGUCUGUAUGAUUCAACCAUCUACAAAACCACACGUCGACAUUUUGCAACAUGUCAACCUACCAUCAGUGGCAUGGUCCGGUCAAAAUGGUUGUUUUGUGCUAUAGUACAUCUCACACCUAUCUUAUCUCCCUGACGCCGGAAUGCGUUCUCCGAAGGUCGGACACCUUCGCGUCAAUUCCUUGCCGCAGACGAGUGACGCAUCGUAUUACUGUACGGUUGACAUCCAUCUCAGUAUCCUCCCGCAAUGGUCAUACGUCAGCAUGGAUUGCGACCCAUGCUGCUGCAAUCCCUGCCCACAUCAUAAUGAUAGACGAGGCGUCAUAUCCAAUGCUCGACCCUCGUCCAACACACAUGAUGUGGCCGGGCAAUCACUCAACGACUAGCGACCGAGAGAAGAAUUUUGUAUACUCGUUGGAUCGAUUCAACUCGCCCAUCUUCUGAGGGGAUCGAAACGUCAGGAGUCGAUGAGGAUGUGAAAAUGGAUAUAUUCGUACAGAAUCUGUGUCAGGUUUGGCUGGUCACAUACUGAGGUUUAGGGAGGAGAUUCCAGAACAGCUCCCAUCCCACCACACACGGUGCAUACCGACUAAAGGGUGAUGCGCAUGUGGUCGUUGCUGCCAAAACUCUUUCCACAAUUGGGACAUUUCCUUGACCGACUUGUCAGUCUCUCCUCGACGCAGUCAUUGCAGAAUGUGUGACCGCAUGUCUUGAUGACUGUGUUCUUCAAGUUUCGCUUGCAGAUGUUGCAAUACGCAAACUGUCGUAGCACUUCAUACUGCUCCGAUUGUCCCGACUUGCUCUUCCACAGCUCUAAAUGUCGUCUGGUGUCUUUGAGAUGAGAUUUGACUUCCUCCACUUCUGCUUCAGCCGUUCUGCAAAGAGAUGAUACCGAAGCCACCUUGGCGUCUUUGACAGCGAGUUGAGAUUUGAGUUCGUUGGCUUGAUUCGUCAAGCGCGUUACCUCGAGAGCUUGGGUCAUGUUCUGUUGCUGAACAUUUCGAUGCUCAUUGGUCUUUGCGUUCAACACUUCUUUCAGCUCCGAAAG